AUGGGAAGAAACCAGCAAUUAUUGAUUUACGCAUUUAGUUUAACGAAGGGUUGGGACGAUGAAGUUUGCGAUGAAAAUUUAAAGCGUGAACUUCAAGAGGUUUAUGAUGAGGUUGUAAAGUGCGAUCCAGCUUACGGUGAUUGGGCUGUACAUAGUGACGAGGGGAAUGUGUGGGUUGAUGCAAGUUUUUUGGCAAGUGGUGCGGUUAUUCAAGUUGGUAAAACUACUGAAGAAGAUGCAACAUGGCUACGAAAAGAAAUGUCUGAGGAUCACAUAAACAUGGCGGAGCUGGAUGCUGUAAUGCGAGGAAUGAAUAUGGCUUUGACGUGGAAAUUAAAGAAAGUAACUAUCUUUACAGAUUCCGCGACAGUGUUCCACUGGGUCUCUGACACUCUCAGUGGUAAUUCAAGAUUGAAAUCAAAAGCAAUGGGAGAAAUGUUGAUUCGAAGAAGAUUAAGCGUUCUCCAACAAAGUAUUGAAGAAUAUGGUAUUAAUGUGAAUGCUAAGCAUUCGAGUAAUUUAGUUGGAGCAGUAUUUGCAGAGACUGAAUCCAUUUCUAGCAUACACAAGAGAAUUGAACACUUUGGAGUGAAUCGCACUCUAAACUUUGUUCGUAAAGUAAUUCCAACCGCUACUGAAAAUGACGUUAGAGAGGUAAUUAAAAAUUGCGAACCAUGUCAGUCAAUAGAUCCAGCACCUGUACAAUGGGAGAAGGGAAAAUUGAGCGUUAAAGAAAAUUGGGAAAGAGUGGCCAUGGAUAUCAGGCAUUUUGGCACAGAAAAGUUUUUAACUCUGGUUGAUUGCGGACCUUCAAGAUACGCAUUGUGGCGACAACUUUCAAGUUCAUACGGAAGUAUUGCCAUUACUCGAAUAUCGAAUUUUGACAGAUAA